CCGGAGAAGAGACCGGUAGCUUUUGACAGAAAGAUAAGAAAUUUAAGAUUUUCUCGAAAACAGACAUUCACUUUUGAGCACACAGUUCUUAAAACAUUACGUAGCUAUCGAAUUAAGAUCAAUCAAAUUGCUCUUAGUUGAUUUGGUAGCGUUCUUUCUACGGAAGUAAAAUCUUCAUGGAAAGAAUUUUCGCUUGAGCUUAUUUCAAAUCCAACAGAAAUUUCGUUCUCAAAAACAUGAGUGGCAACCAAGAAAACGAAACAGAGACUAARUCCAGCAAGUGUAGCUGUUUGAGUAAGAUAAGCAGCUUUAUAACRAACUCUUUGGAGGGAUUUUUCCAUUGGCUUGGUGUAAAAGUUGGAAGACAUCCAUGGAAGACAAUAAUUAUUGCUGUGAUCUUGAGCGCAGCUUGCGGUGCUGGGAUGCUAAAAUUUGAGCAAGAAAACAGGGGUGAUAGACUAUGGGUUCCACAGGACUCACUGGCCAARAAACACCAAAACUGGGUUAACGAGAAGUUUCCUUCUUCAGCUCUUUUUUCUAUUGUGAUGUUAACAGCUCCAGAUGUGCUUACUCCAGAUGUAUUUCAACAGGCUUUAGAAAUUGAUACACAGUUGAAACACAUAAACAAUGGAACUGCUAAUGAGUUUGAAAACUUAUGCUUCAAAAAUGGUCCAUUUUGUUCUGUUUCCAACAUACUGGAGCUAUGGUCAUUCAAUUCAACAGUCAUCAAGAGUCUUACUAGAAAUGAUAUCUUACAGAAGAUCAAUGAACCUAACUUGAGAAGCCCUGUGACUGGCCGAAAGAUCGUCAUAACGCAGUUUUUGGGAGAAGUUACACGUUCUUCUGUUGAURAUAAGAUAACUGCUGCCGGAGCCAUUAAAUCUACAUAUGGACUGAAGAAAGAUAAGGAGGGUGAGGAAGCCACCUCGAAUUGGGAAAAAGAAGUUGGUAAAAUUCUCGAUGACUGGCCGUCAUCCAGUGUUACAGCUUACUAUUUCACACAAUACAGUUUUCGUGAUGCGGCUGGAAGCGCCAUUCAAGGUGACGUGGUACUCUUAUCAACUGGCUACCUCUUGAUUAUCAUAUACGUGUCAUUUAUGCUUGGCAACCUCACAAGACUAAGACUCAAGAUCUGGCUGGCUAUAUUAGGUGUAGUGGGCGUGGGCAUGGCGAUAGGUGUAUCAUUUGGUUUAUCUAGUGCUUUUGGGGAGAUGUAUGGACCUGUCCACUCAACUCUACCCUUUUUACUGCUUGGUAUYGGUGUAGAUGAUAUGUUUGUCAUAGUCCAGGCAUGGAGUAAUCUCUCUCUCAAUAAACACAAGAAUCUGGCUAUCGAAGAACGCGUUGGUCAGGCAUUGAAACACGCUGGUUGUUCCAUCACUAUYACGUCUUUGACUGAUUUCUUGGCGUUCAUGAUUGGCGCAACUACGGUUCUUCCUGCUUUGAAGUCUUUUUGCAUUUUUGCUGGGAUAGGAAUUCUUGCAGAUUUUGCCAUACAGUCUACAUUCUUCACUGCUUGUCUUGCCCUUGAUGCUAAAAGACAAGAGGGCAUGCGYGAUAGCUGCUGCUGUUGUAUCAAACUCUCAUCAGACUACACCGAAUCAGAAUGCGGUAGUAAAGACAGACUGAARGAUUUCUUUGCUCGAUUCUAUGCCAAAGUUGUUCUUUCUCUUCCAGGAAAGAUAGUUGUAAUGGUUAUCGCGGGAACGCUGUUCGGCUUUAAUCUCUACGGUACUUURAUGUUGCGUCAGUACUUUGAUCAGAUCUGGUUCUUCCCUCCAGACUCUAUGGCCUACAAGUUUACCAUUGCAAAUAAUAGGUAUUUCCCAGUAGACGGRGACUCAGCUGCGAUAUACACAGGGAAACUCGAUUACUUCAAAGAUCAGGGCAAGCUUCACAAUGUGCACCUAGUAGUUGCUGCAGAUGAGUAUGUUGUGGGUACUUCUAUGGUCAGUUGGUAUGAUGAGUACAUCGCCUGGGCUAUUAACAACAAACCAGCCGCAGCUUUUGAUGCGGACAASCAUAUAACGAACGAGACGCUGUUUUAUUCGUGGUUGUUUGAGUAUCUGAACGGCMAGGGAAAAACCUUCUUGACUAAUGUGGUGUUCAUGAACACAACCAAUGGAAAGAGAAUAUCGAAUGCGCGCAUAAACUUCAAGCACAAAGACAUGGAUUCAACUCAGACCGAAGUAAAAGCCAUGGAACAGUUGAGGGACAAAAUCAAGAAAAUCUACUCAGACGAGAUGUUGGUUUUCAACUAUGGCCAGCGCUAUAUUAGCUGGGAAACUAACAAGAUCAUUAUGGAGGAACUGAUCCGUAACGUUGCCCUGGCCUUGCUCGCAGUGCUCAUCGUUACUGUAGUAGUCAUCGCCAACUUGUGGACGUCCCUGAUGGUGCUUAUCUGUGUUGCCUUAACUCUGGUCAAUUUAUGUGGACUGAUGCACUUCUGGGGACUUACCAUCGAUACAGUAACUACCGUGCUGAUGGUCUUAGCUGUUGGCCUAGCAGUCGAUUAUGCGUCCCAUAUCGGGCAUACCUUCAUGGUCACUGCUGGCACAAGACAAGAACGAGCCUUCAUCACACUACGUGACAUGGGUCCUGCUGUUUGGAAUGGUGGUUUCAGUACCUUCCUUGCGUUCAUACUMCUAGCCGUCUCGAAUUCGUAUGUCUUCAAGUCGUUUUUCAAGGUGUUCUUCGGAGUAGUUCUCUAUGGCAUGUUUCAUGGUCUGUGCUUCCUUCCCGUCAUCCUCUCAGCCAUUGGUCCAGCUCCUUAUGAUUCAGCGCGUCAUCACGAACUACACGAAAAGCGGAUYUCUMSMUCCCAGUCCCCAGUCCACCCCAUUAACUCRGCCGAGGAUAACCGUGGGUUUGAAAUGAAUGACAAACCCAAAAGUGCUGGGCAAAGAAGCGUGAAUAAAACUGCUAACGGACAAGGAGAGYAUUACAUACCUCCCCCUGACUACCAAGAUGUUGCCGUUGAGGACAUUCUGAAAGCAUCUUAAGGGCAGAAGGCGUGACACUUAAUCAAGAAUAAUGCGUGACACACAUUCACUUAAUGAUAUGGAAAGGGUAUAUCAUUUUAAUUCGUACACUCAC